AUGGCCAAGGGGGCUUUGUUUACUAAUGUGCAAAGGUUCAAGAGGAAGCUCUGUGAUGAUAAUAAUUGCACCCAGUGCAAUAAUAGCAGUGAAAGUAUUAGCCAUUUUAAAAAUGUCUUGUGUGGUGAUAACGACAAUAAUGAUGAUAAUGAUAUCAACAACAACGAUAGAAAUAUCAAUAGUGACAAUGAAGCUGACAUUGGUGGUUGUGACAAUGGAACUAGUGUCGACAAUGAUGAUGUGGUGGUGGUGGCAGCCAAUGAUGGUGACAUUGACAGUGAUGGAGGCGAUAUUAGUGAUGAUGAUGGUGGAGAUGGUGACAACAAGUGGUAG